GUUACACAUUGUGCGCUUACAACAGAAGUAUUGUUCUUGAGAAUAAAGACACAACAUAAGGAAACAUGACUCGUCCUCCGCGACCGAGAAAACGGUAAGAAGACUAGUAUGGCAUGCGGGUCACCGCUUGCGGUGGUCUCCGCCAUGCUAGGACGGACGGCGACAAUCGUUCUGGUCCUCGUCGUACUAGGACACCAGGAAGUUUUCGCCAGAUCUCGCAGCGGGAGAGUUCUGGGUCGUGGUGGCUCGUUUCUGGCCACUGACACGACGAAGAGAGCAGGAAGGCGGGAUGCUGGGAGGUUUCGUGAUCUUGGAGAUGUGGCGGCGAAAAGAGCUAAUUAUUGGAGGCCCAGCACAUCCACAUCGUACGUGUCCCAAGACAACUUCGCUUCUGAAGAGAAUAACCAACAGAACAGCUUCAGCUACAGCCGAAGAUCCAAGAAGAAUUACAACAAGAAUCCUGCAGUCGCCAACAGUGAUCAGGGCUCGUGCAUGUCCCAGCAAAGCGCCAGAAGCAAGCGUGAACUCCGCAGCUACAUGCUCAGGCAGGAAUUUGCGUUUCUUAUGCGGAACGCGGAUAGCACUGAAGCUGCCUACCGACACAUGAUCCGGGAGGACCUAGCGACUGCGGAAGAACAACUUGCAAAGGUGGUGAAAUUCAACAAGAACAGAGAAGAUACGCACACCAACAACGCUCUAGGAACAUCGUCAUCAUCAUCAUCAUCAUCAUCACUAGGAAAAUCGUCAUCUGCUUCGUUAGCAUCGUCAUCGGCUUCGUUAGUGGAACAAGAAUCGUCUUCGCAAUCGUCUGCAUCCCUCACGAAGGCUACUUUGGAUCAGUUUGUGGAGCAAACGAAUAUGGCAGUCUUUCAACAAGCUCUGCAAAACGACAUUGAGCGGUUACGAACCUCUUUGCGCAACAGUAUUCCUCCCUCUUCUAGUAGGAGUGCUGAAAAGCGCUCGCGAGAGGUCGCGCUCGCGAGAGUGGCAUCUCGUCCGCAGGAGAAUGUUGACCCUGCUGCCCUUCUUUCUGACCUUGACAGGUUCCAUGACGACGUCAGUAGCAGCGCGGACAACGACAAACAACGGGACAGCAGUAAAGCGGGCGAUGCAGCAGGCUCUUCAUCUUCUGCAUCUGAAGAUGCGACUAAGGUAGAACAGCGCACGGAAGCAGAAAAGCACCGAGCUGAAUUAGACAAGAUCUUUGGACGAGGUACGACGAGCCUAGUAGAUGACCCUAGCAAGAACGAGGACGCUCGUCCUCAUCUUCAAUCACAAUCCCAACAAGACGAGCAGGAUAACCAAAAUGGUUACAGCGAGGACAAUGCGCUAAUCCGUCUUCGUCAAGAGAAAAGUCUGAAAAAGCAAGAAAAGGCGCUGAAAAAGCUCUUUUCUUCGAAGUCUGGUCGUGAAGAGUUCCUCAAGCGUGUUGUCCGAUUAGCGGAGCACGCUGUGACGCUCCUAGGCCGUCGAGCUCAAAAUGCCUGGAAUGUCAACACUGCCUGUUGUGUUAUGGCUAAAAGAGAAGAUCGUUUUUUCUGCUUGUACCUAUUUUUGUACUAUGCGAAAGUAAGAAUUAGCACUCCUCCUGCUGCUGCUCCAUCAUGCCAUAGUGAAGGAUACAACUAAUACUUCACAACAAAACGCACUGAUAGCUCACUUCUAAUCCCAGCUGCAAACACGCAAUCAAGGUCGCUGGAGACGCAAUGAAGGAGCCUAACUUACCGAAGAUGUUAGGCAUUCCACGUGUACUAAUGGAGGGUUUCGGCAUGCCUGAUGGUGAGAUAGUCACCUACUUGCGAUCGCACUUGAAUUAUGAAGAGGAUUUGGUCCAUCGGUAGAUGAUGUCGAUUUCUCCACAGUAUUAACUGCUCCAAGUAGUCCUUGAUGUCGAUUUCUUUUUCCCUAUGAUUCUAUAAUCAUGGUUAUCCACUGUCACUGACUUGGUUCGACGGAGCUAUUCCUAUGCAGUGAGUUUUCUUUUGCAUAACCCAGCUUCGUUCAUACCUGCUCUCCCUUUCAGACCACGACCUUAAAUUCAACGAAGAUAAACAACACUCACCUGCUCCGCGUGCCCCUCCUUUCAUAACCCGUUAGAUCCACAAGACUGCCAAUGGUCCCGGUGCAUUGAUGAUUUGGCUAGCCACGAUCAAAACUCAGCCUUCGGUCUCGCAGUUUUCGCCAACCGUACAGCGCACCUUUGCUUCGCUCCGCAACGCCAUUUGUCAGUGCACUACACAAGAUGCGACUUGGAUUUAUGACAAACAGGAUAGUAGACGUUGAGAUAAAAUAAGUAGAUGAUCCAGAAUACAUGACGAUGACUACUUCUGAUGUAUCUUCUAUAGUGUGAAAUUGAAAAUCAAAAUGAUGUUCAUCUGGAACAUAGAGCUAACUAGCACGACGACCUUCGCACUCUGAUUAAAUAGUACUACAUGACUUCUACAAACAUCGUUGCUCUCUCUCCUCCUUGUCUCUCGCUCCUCUUCUACGCUUCUAACCUCAGAGUGCUCCCCUGAAUGGUGCGAGUCUUACGUGUCGGAAAUGGAGUUGAGGGCUAAUUUACGCCAAGCUGCUGUGGACAACUGUACCAAUGCGACUGCAGAAUUGGCUGUUAUGUUUUGAUUGGUGAGAGGUCUACGUUCUUUGCGAACAUGAAAGAUAUCAGAGUAGUACUAGACGUAGAGUGCUGUACCAAAAGGGUUUCAUAUUGGUAGGAAGUAUGCAAGUCAUUGGGAAGCAUGCAAGUCAUUGUGAAGAAAUAGACUAGCAUCUUCAUCUUUACCAAAAAUGCUACUACCUACUUCAUUAUAGAUUAGCAUUAGGAGCUACUACAACUACGACCUCACAUGCAUAUCCUGUUCUACACUCCCUCUCUAACCCUCAAGCUCACGAAGAACAAGCUCGGGUAGCGGCUAUGGGGGACAACGCGACCAAUGAGACGAUCGAGGCUGCUCAAAAUGAUACGGAUUUUUGGACAAUCCAAAAGCCCAUUCGAUGCGACGUUUCUGCCUAUCCUACAUGGCCGGGACAUCCCCAACCACUGGGCGAUUACAACAUCACGGCGUGUAAUCAGACAUUUUAUGACAACAAGAUUAUCCGAUGGAAGCCUAACUUGACUUCUAGAUCAUUACCAGAUCAUCUUCAUCUUCACACGGCACAAUCGAACUCAUUUUUCUAACAUCUGUCUGCAUGGAUGAAUUUGAAUAUUAGAUUCAGUAGUACAACCAGACAAACUGUAUAAUUUAUUUUGUCUCCCUACCCCUCUUCAUUCCACCGAAAAAGCGAUUUACGUGAAUCAGAAUGACUGGUGGGAAAACUUGCCUGAUGACAUGUUCGGCAACAAACUAGUCAAGAAGCUUGGUCUCGAACGUAUAUGGAAUCCACCUGCGGGAGAAAGUUCUUAUGAAUGGUUGGGUGGUCUUGGGCAGUUGGUACUGUUGUGAAAUGAGGCGUUGAGAAGGCUGAAGCUUCAAAGUCAAGUAAGAUGUAGAUGGUGUGGCUAGAUGUGGCUAGAUGUAGAUGGCUGUCCUGGGAGGUAGAUGAGCUCAUCCUAAUUAUAGAUUUGCUGCUCGAUGGUGCUCUAAUCUUCUUUCGUCUAUUGGCAAUGGGAAGAUCCUAAGCACGACGUGGACAUGACGGAUCACUCUUUGAGGUGACGCUGGUGGAAAAUCUAAAGAGCAGGAGCAAAAGAUAUUAGUGAAAAAAUGGUGGUUUUUUGAAAUAGAUUGAGAUUAAUGAUUGCGCACAAGAACAAGAAGAACCUUCAUGAGUAGAAUCGAUUUAAGCCUAAUCAGAACAUGGUGUAUGCUGAAGCUCAAACAACAACAAGUAGUUCAAACGAAUAUUCAUAGAUGAAAAGGAACACCAGCACAACGAACGGACAAGAAAUAACGCGCAUGCACAGGAGUGACCUUCAAAAGGUCGUCUUUGUUGUUGAAUAGGUGGUUUGUUUUGACAUAACGACAACUGUCGUGAGAAACAUGAUCAUCAGAGCAUAGUGGAUACUAGAGUUCGAGAAUACGCGUGGAAAGCACCUUUUUGGUGUUUCCCAAGAUAUGGGUG